GGCCGCUGAACGGAAUACGGCAGAUAGGGGAGGGGUCUCUCUCUGUCUGCCCCGCCCUCCUCUCCCUUAGCAAAUAUGGUAGUGGCGGCGGUUGGUCGCGUGCUGCUCGGGAGCCGUGCGUGGAGCGGGGCGGUGAGGACGGGGAAGCGGUUGGCGGGGCCGAAGACAUUAAGACUGAUCUGCACUACCACAACAGUGCAGAGGAAAAAUGUUGCCGCUUCAGGACCUGAAAAGUACACAGAAGCUUUUAUCAAAAAACAGACUGAAGAUUUCAACAUAGGAAAGAGACAUUUAGCCAACAUGAUGGGAGAAGAUCCAGAAACUUUUACCCAAGAGGAUAUUGAUAAAGCUAUUGCCUAUCUCUUUCCUUCUGGUCUGUUUGACAAAAGGGCCAGACCUGUAAUGAAGCAUCCUGAAGAAAUGUUUCCAAAGCAAAGAGCAAUCCAGUGGGACAAAGAUGGCCGCCCAUUUCACUUUCUCUUUUACACUGGCAAGCAGUCCUAUUAUUCUGUAAUGCAUGAAUUGUAUGGUAAACUACUUCAUAUUGAGGAACACCAAGAACGAAUGCGUGCUCAAGGAUUAUUACCGCCUGAGAAGAAAUCCCAGUUAAACCUGAUUGGCAGCAGAUGGCUGAUUAAAGAGGAAUUGGAAGAAAUGAUAGUGGAAAAACUGUCAGAUCAAGAUUAUUCACGGUGUAUUCAGCUGCUAGAAAAACUGGUCGCAAUGCCGUGCCAUGAGAUUGAAGAUGAUUAUGUGCAAAAAUUCCGUAAGCAAUUACCUGUGCAAUCCAAAAAGCAGAACAUAGAACCCCUACAGUAUGAUGAGCAGGGCCUGGCCUUCAGUGCCGCAGAAGGCUGGAGAAAGACAGCAAAAGCAACCGUUAAGGUUUAUGACAAUGGAAGUGGGAAAAUUACUAUAAAUGGAGAUGAUUAUAUACUUUACUUUCCAGUCUUGCAGGACAGAGAACAGCUGAUGUUCCCCUUCCAGUUUCUCGAUCGCCUGGAGAAGCACGACAUGGUCUGCUCUGUUUCUGGGGGAGGAAGAGCAGCGCAGGCUGGAGCGAUCCGCUUAGCUUCCGCAAGAGCGUUGUGUAGCUUCGUCACCGAAAACGAGGUGGAGUCCAUGAGGCAAGCUGGUCUCCUAGCAGUUGAUCCACGUGUGAGAGAGCGGAAGAAGCCCGGCCAAGCGGGAUCCCGCAAAAAGUUCACCUGGCAGAAGCGCUAAAUUCAGAAGUGAAACAAAGUGCAUUGCAGCUGUUGCGAUGGAUAAAUUUUAGACAUGUGGAUGUGUGUAAAUAUAUAUCUAUAUAUUUGUAAUUAAAUUGUUUCUCUCCCACCCA